UCAGCGGCAGUCAACUGUCAAAACAUUUCUGAAGUUUAUUGAAAACAACACGUGCAAGGAAUUGUGUACAUUUUUAUUAAUUGGAAUAUUUUAAAACACAUAAAAAAUACAGAAAUGAAACGUAAAUUUGUAAAGCCAACCAAUGUCCCCGAAGAAGAGUCUUCAGAGGAUUACGAUUCGGAUAUUGAAGCUGAGGAAGAAGAAAGUGUUGUUGAUAGUGAAGAGGAAGAAAUCGGCGAAAGUGAUGAACAUGAUUCGGAAAUUGGGACUGAGGAAGGAAGUGUAGUUGAUAGUGAGGAGGAAGAAGCCGACGAGAGUGAUGAAGAAGCUUUAGAUGCCAGUGACACAGAAUCCGAUGAAGAUGGAAGUGAUAUUGAGGACAAUAAACCACCAAAAUCAAGAAGAGAAAUAGUCAAAGAAGAAAUAAUGCAAAGAUAUCAAGAACGACAGGGCAAGCAAUUGUACAUACGAUUCCCACACAAAGUUCCUGAAACUCAAGAAGCUUUGGAGGCGAAGAUUAAAGAACUCACACCCUUAGUAGUUAAGGUGCACAAGCCACGUCAGAGAUACGUACGUUUCUGUUUAGUCGAUUUUGCCACAAAUGAAGAUCGUAAUACUGCUCUGAAGGAGCUUAAAAAAUCCAUCAAAAAUGGCACCCUAGAGAAAUAUGUCGUAAAUAUACCACGUACAGAAAGCUCUGAAUUUGUCAGUGAAUUGGCUGAACGUAAACUAAAAUCAGUUGAAAACAAAAAAGCUAAAUUGCGUUUGAAGAAGGCCAGCAGGAAGGCUUUGACAGAAAACCACUUUACAUCCUCUAUAAUUGUUCUAAAUCUACCGAAAACGGCAUCGGCUUUAGAGGUACGUGAACUUUUCCCUGGCGCUGUAGACAUAAACAUUAAGCCGAGCAAAGGUAAAAUGUACAAAGAUAAAAGUGUUGCUGCUAUUACUCUACCCACUACUUUGGAUGCUAGAAAUGCUGUUAAGAAAAAGUUAUCUUUGGGAGGCAAUCAACUGAUUAUCAAAUUCGAUAAUCAAAAGUUAAAGAAAAAGAGCAAGAAAUUUAACAAAAAGGUUGGCUUAAAACCAGUUACAGAUAAAACUGAAGUCAAAAAUAUAGAAGAAUCAGAACCUAAAGAAAAUCAACAAAAGUUGGAAGCAACACCAGAUAAAGCCACAAACGGUGAAACUUUAGCGAGGAAAGUUCCAGUAAAGAAAUUGAAUAAAAACGAGGAUUCAAAACCAAUUGCAGAUAAUAUUGAAGUUAAAAACGAAAAAGAUUCGGAACCUAAAGUAAAGCAACAAAAGUUGGAAGUAACUCCAACUAAAGCCACAGUGGGUAAAGUUUUAGUGAAGAAAGGUCCACUAAACAAAAAUCAAAAUAAUAAAUUUAAUAAAAAUAAUGGUAAAAAUACACCGAAAAAAGUAACGAAAUAAAAAUGUUAGUAAAACAAGGAAA